ACGUGCGAACGUACUCCAAUAUCACAGCAAAUAUAUAUAUAUAUAUAUAUAUAUAUAUAUAUAUAUGUAUCACAAAAUUAUAUAUAUAUAAUAUAAAACGUGUGUGUGUAUAUAUAUAUAUAUAUUUAUAUAAUAUAUAUUUUUGUGCAAGUUGUCAAUAUAGAGUACCACUCGAUAUAUACAUAUGUACAUAUAUAUGUAUAUAUGUAUAUAUAUGUAUGUACAAUCUGUGAAGGAACAAGUGAACCGUCUCGACGUUUGAAUUUGAUUGAUCGGUCGUGUACCUUUUUUUUUUAAUCGAUAACUCGAUUAAAGAACGUUAAGGGUGAGAACGGACAAGAAAAAAACGAUCAUAAGAGUUUUGAUUGGACAGUGUCUUCUUCUAUUUUUUCUUCUUCUUGUAAAUUUGUCAUCGCGGAAUCAUGAGCAAAACAUGGAAAGGUGUUAAAGACAUAGUCGGUCUGGAGGAAGUAGCAAAAAUCGAAUUUUUGCUGCCACUUUUUGCCGAGGCUCUUGGAACAUUCCUCUUGGUCCUGAUUGGUUGCGCCUCGUGUAUAACAUGGGUCGAAGGGCAAUCACCUACUGUACUUCACAUAGCAUUUACCUUUGGCCUUGCAGUCGCUGCUUUAGCACAGUUUUUAGGUCCUAUCUCUGGUUGUCACGUAAAUCCUGCGGUAACGGUCGGUCUUUUCGUCAGCGGUAAUUGUUCUUUCUUGAAAACACUUUGUUACAUCGUUUGUCAAAGUUGCGGGGCAAUAGCUGGUGCCGUCGUUUUGAAGAUGUUAACACCAGCCCAGCAAGUGAAUCAAGGAUUAGGUGCAACCGAUUUGGCUCAAGGUGUUGAGGCCGGUCAAGGUAUCGUUAUGGAGGCUAUUAUCACUUUUCUUCUGGUCCUGGUGGUACAUGCUGUUACAGACCCAAAGAGAAGCGACACAAAAGGAUGGGCACCUUUAGCCAUAGGUUUAGCCAUUUCCGUGUCACACAUGGCCGCUGUACCAUUCACCGGUAGUAGCAUGAAUCCAGCAAGAUCAUUGGGUCCUGCCGUUAUUCUGACAUAUUGGUCGAAUCACUGGGUUUAUUGGGUUGGUCCAAUAGUCGGAGGUGCUGUCGCAGGUGGUCUUUAUAAAAUGGGCUUUAGGAGUACGAAGGAAAGCGACGAGGCUUCUUACGAUUUUUAACGAAUUAUUAUUACUCAAGAAUGAGGAGGAAAAGAGAAAAUUAAAAAAAGAAAAAAAAAACCGAAAAAUAAAAACAACAAAAAAUAUAAUACUAGAAAUAAUAAUAAUGAUAAUAAUAAUAAUAAUAAAACAAAAAAAAAAAAUAUUCCUCUGCUUGCGAAACGCAUUAUUCUGCGCGAUCUUUCAAAUCAUUCAUUUUGAUCAUUUCAACGCGUUUCAAAAUAUAAAUUAAAAAUUUUUAUUAUCGAGCGUGGAUUUACUUUAGUUUAUAAUUUUGCUGACAUUCAUACUCUGACGCACGCACAUAAACACACACGCAUAUAUAGGUGUUUUAGAUAAAUGUAAGAUCAUAUUGUAACUUUUUGUCAUUAUUAAUGUUAUUGCAUACAUGCUGCCACUCAUUGUCAAACACCCGUUAGUUCGAAUCUGAACAUGGAAGACCAAAGGCAUUAUCGAUCCUCGAUUUCAGAGCGUUCGCAUAUACACGAUCAGUAUAACUUUUCCAUCUAGUCAAAUCAAUCGUACGUUUUCAUUCUCUUUAUAAUCACGUCGAUCGUAAUCAUAGAAUUCUCGAAAAUUUCCAUAUAUAUAUAUAUAUUUUUUUUUAAAUUGUAUUCCAUUUCUUUUUUUAUAUAACACAAUAAUUUUUUUUUCGUACGUCAUAAGAAUCCUUUUUGUGAGUUAUUAAAAUUAAAAACAUGAUUCAAAAUCUAAUUAAUACAAACUCUUCUUGCAUUAAUCGUUCUCUACGCGUUGCUAUUAUUAAAACUAUUUAUUCGUUGUAAUCAUAAUUAUAAUAAGAUGACGGCACUGUACUUUAACAGAUUCAAUAAAUUUUAAUUAAGAAGUGAACAUUCGAUAAAGGGAAAAAGAGAGAAAUAGAGAGAGAGAGAGAGAGAGAGAGAGAGAGAGAGAGAGAGAGAGAGAGAAAAGAUUAUAUAUGUUUGUAAUAUAAAUAAUAAAAAAGAUCUGUGAAAGGUGUAACAUAAUUUAACUAACAACGUCAUACAACAUGAUACGUGCAUACAUAUGCAAAUACAUAUAUAAGUAAAAAUUCAAAAUAAUACCUCCGCAUUUGCUAUGCCUAUUAAAUUUAGCUGCUUGUUUCUAAGCAGAAACAAAACUUUUGCUUUUUAAACGAUUUUCAAUAUCAGAUAUCAGUUUGUUCUUAUUUAAAUGUAUCGCAUUUGACGAAGGACGAAAUGCAGAAUAAAACGAAAAGAUUCAAAU